AUGGCCAUGUCGACUUUGUCAUUCCUACACUCGCAACUCUUUGUGGAGCCGAAACUUCCAGAGACCGAUCUCAGCGGCAAGGUCAUCAUAGUGACUGGGGCAAACCGAGGGCUGGGAUUUGAAGCUGCUCGCCAUUUGGUCAAUCUCAAUGCAGCUACCGUCAUUCUCGCCGUGCGCGAUGUGGAGAAGGGCAAUGAGGCUGUAAAAAGACUCGAAGCUGCUACAGGCCGACAUAGGGUGGCCAAAGCAUACGCACUGGACAUGGCCAGCACAAGCUCCGUGAAGAAAUUUGCAGAAGAGGUGAAGAGUCUUCCUCGUCUGGAUGCAGCAAUCCUGAAUGCCGGCAUCUACACACAGGACUUCGUGCUCGUUGAAGGUUUUGAAAGCACGCUCGCAAUAAACGUCGUCAACACAUUCUUCCUGGCAAUCCUGUUGCUACCAACCCUACAGAAAUCGAACACAGACGUCAACCCUGGAUGCAUUUCCAUUGUUGCAUCGGAUCGACAUGUGAUGACAAAUUUACCAGAGUGGAAGGAAUCAAAUACUCUCAAAGUACUGAGCGAUCCAAAGAGGGCCAAGAUGAACAAUCGGUAAAGGCAGGCCCUGCAACAACAGUUGAUGUUUCGCUAAAACUGAUGCUACAGUUACUACGAAUCCAAGCUUCUGCAAAUCCUUAUGGCCCGAGGACUUGCCCAGGAACUUUCGGGAAACAGCACGAGAGAGCCUAGCGUGGUUGUGAACAGUUUGACCCCAGGAUACUGUCACUCUGGACUGCUCUCCAACGCCAAACCAGUCACAGCAUUUGCGUUUAGAAUGCUUGCAAAAGCAACAGCACGUCCGGCCGACGUGGGCGCCCGGACUCUCAUCGCUUCUAUUUCACAGGGAGUCCCGAGUCAUGGAAAGUACAUCAACGACGGCGAGAUUGAAGAGUGAGUGUUGCUCUGCACCGGCAUCGUUUUUUGUUAUUGACUUCAGUGUUGCAGGAAAGCACUAUCUGGCUUCGUGAGGAGCCCUAAUGGUAAAGCUGCUCAGGAGAAGUUAUGGGGCGAACUGGUAGAUCUGCUUAAGCAGAAGAAUCCUGAGAUCCGAGACUUGCUGUCAUUGAAAUGA